AUGAUUUUUGUCCUGCUCUUCACCAUGCUGUUCAGCACCUGCCUAGCUGCCCGUAAGAAGUUAACCCUCACCCCUUACCGCUGACAUGAUACUCAUUGAGAUCAAAUAUGAAAUGUUGCCUAUUUGUACAUGAAUCUCUUCUUGAGCUCAUUUUCUCUGACUUAAUACAACAACUGUUUCUUAACCUCUACAGCCACUUCGAUAAGCCCGUCUUACUCUGUUGCUGUUGGAAUUGGCAGCGGCACAGCAUUCGCCACUGAGGGAAAAGGAAGGAUCACAGCCAUCAGGGUGUGGGAGAUAUCCAGAUCAUUCAUUGGGAGGUUAGUCUCUCUUCUUACUUGUCAAGAUUGAUUUUUUAAGGAACAGCGGGAUUUAAUGAAGGGAAGAGGGUGUUAAACUAGUAAAUCUUGAUUUUCUGUAAACAGGACAGGGUUUUGGUGAUCUGAAUUUUGUCUGUCGUCAAUGGGCUCUAUUUUCUUGCACGCCAGUGGCACUGUGAAGGUUGGCGCACCCCGCGCAGGGCCAGUUCGGUAUUUUCGUAGAUUGAGGUGCACGAGGUCCACUAUGCUGGGCAGAGUGGCACAGUAGGGGGAGGUGUCGACAGAAUCGGCUGGCGCGGUGACAUUUUCGUGCUCGCCGGCGGUAGUAAAAGGGUUGUGCUGUUUUGUUCCCAAACUAAAAAGUCCCUAUGAAGUUUUGGUGAAGCUGGAGACAGCCUUGAGUUUCUGGGUAAAAGGUUCAACUACCUGCACCAUAGUGGUUUUUUUUUUUUCUUUUUUUCCAGUUUCUUACUGCGUCAGAUGUUUCAGAGCUUUCUCUGCUUAGUUUGGCUGGUGCUCACCUUUUGUAUCUCACCUUUUUUGUGCCUUUGCCAACAGUUUGCAGCUGUGCUACGACUACAUUUGUCCUGACAAAUUUGGAAAUUCACCAGGCACUUUACAAGAAAUGGAGUUAUAUGAAGAUGAGACCAUUGUUCAGGUCAGAGAUUUCACUGAUUAUGUAUGAUACACAUCACAUGUUUACAUUUCCAGGACUAAUCAAAAGGUUACUUUUGAUUAGUAAGGCUACUAAGUUAAUCAGCUCAAACUGUUGUCUUUUAGGUCUCUGGUAAACAUAGCAGCUACAUCUAUCAGUUGGUUUUUGUGACAUCACACGGUCGCUUCCUGUCUGCGGGCAACCCUAUGGGGGUAAUAUAUCUUUUCUCUUUUUUGUUACAUCUCUCUAUACUAAUUUAUUUACCUCAUGUUAACCUUUGCUCAUGUUUUACAGCUCUCCUUUAGCUUCUUCCCAAAAGACCCGAGGGCAGGACUCUUAAUGCUGAGCGGCCGCUAUAACAGAUAUGGGAUUACCUCAGUGGCAGCGCACUGGGGAGAGGUUGUAUCGAAUAUCAACACAGACGGACGUUAG